UUCAAUGCAUGUUGGUUAUCGCAUUUGUUGUUGGUCCGCAGCACUAGGCAAGCGGCUGAAGGGUAAUCGUGAAUACCCUGCUCGCCAAAACUACGACUUUCCACCGCAGCCAGCAACGUCUUUUCAUACUUCGACAUCCACUAUUAGCACGAUCUAAGAAACCUACACUCUUGAUAAUGGCUCAGUCUUCUUGGGCCCAACAGGCAACCGACCGCUUCUUCAGCUGCCGCAAAUCGCCAUCGCAGAUGCAAUGUGACGAAAUUGCACAAUCCAUUUCUGGCGCGUCGACGGUUAGACCUGUGGGAAGCCCAGGCUCAAUGAGCUACACCGUCAUCUGCAGUGGGCGCCCUGGGCCACAAGAAGACCUCAUCGUAUCCUUCAGAGAACCGGCAGCCAUGCUCGACGAGGAGACGGUGAGGUUGGCUAAGGAGAUCCACGGCGACCUUGUGCCGGAGUCGACUUGUCACGGUAAUGUGGCGGGAGCCGAUCCGCCGCUAUCCAUCUACUCCAUGCCCUAUCUGCGAGGCUCAUCCUGCAUUGAAGUCCUGGCUUUUCAGGUGGAAAUGGAUCCCGACGAAGAAGCCAAGCACGGAGUCUUUGUCAAGCACCUAGCCCGGUACUUUGCACGAUGUUGGUCCAGCUCUCGGUCGGUUGACGGUCAAACCCGAGCAGAGAAGCAAGAAGGAAUCCGUAAAAGGCUAGCCCGGCUGGCGGAAGAAUUACCGUCGUCCAUCCUGCCGGACUCAAUGCUCUCUAAGCUCAUUGAGAACCUUCCCUCGCUCUUCAGUCAAGAUUACCCACAAGUCCUCACGCAUGGCGACUUCUCGGUAACAAACAUUCUAGUCGAUGAGAAUAAGUUCGAAAUAACAGGAAUCAUUGAUUGGUCUCUGGCAGCGGUUAUGCCCUUCGGAAUGGAUUUGGACAUCCUCUUCUUAACCACAGGGUUUAUGACCCGAGACGGCUGGCAUGACUAUGCAUGUAAGCCGCUGCUGCAAGACACUUUCUGGGAGGAGUUCUGGGCUGUCCCUGGGAUCGAAGGGGAGGAACUUCGGGGCAGAACACAGGGUCUGGCUGAAGCUGCAGGCCAGAUUGGCGCAAUUCUCCGGUUAGCAUUCCGGCGUAACGCCGAUGGGUCACCAUCUGAAGAGGUCUUGAUGUCGGAAAGCAGGAUGAAGCAGCUAAGGGCGUGGUUUGGCGAACAAGCGGCAAGACUUACUUGAGGCAGGACAGGACUCGGGAACACACGUCGACCCGGAACAAUGGGAUGACUCUUUGUCAUACAAGGUCAGAUUUACUAAUGGUUCGAGCUACGAUGGCCUCACGAACAUGCGGUCUCCAAAGCUGAGAUUUUGAAGCGGACCUGGUCAGAGGUAUUAUCUCAUAUGUUCUAGACCAAUCCACCU